AUGGGAUCUUCCUCCGGGUCUCCUGCAAACACUAGGGAAGUGGUGGGUUGCUUCUUUGGCUCCCUGGGAAUCUCAUUUUGGGGCCUGCAGGCAGCAAAGAGAAGAUACGUGGCCAUGGGAAGGAACAUCAACAUAACAACCGACUUCAUCCUUUUGGGAUUUUCAGAGCAUCCAGAGCUUCAGGCUUUCCUCUUUGUGUUGUUUCUGGGGAUCUAUUCUGUAACUCUGACUUGGAACCUGGGCCUUGUUGUCUUGAUCAGGAUGGAGUCAUGCCUGCACUCCCCCAUGUAUUUCUUCCUUGGAAACUUGUCCUUUGUUGACAUCUCAUACACGUCCUCCAUCACCCCCAAGAUGCUCUGUGACUUCUUCAAGCAGCAGAAGACCAUCUCCUUUGUGGGAUGUGCUACUCAGUUUUUCUUCUUCAUCAGCAUGGGGGCCACUGAAUGCUGUCUCCUGGCGGCCAUGGCAUAUGACCGCUAUGCUGCUAUUUCCACCCCUCUGUUCUACAUAGCCUUCAUGUCACCCACCAUGUGUGUGGGGAUGGUCAUUACAGCAUACACUGGAGGGUUCCUUAUGGGAUUGGUCCAAACAAGCUCCAUAUUCCAGCUGUAUUUCUGUGGGCCACGAGUCAUUAAACACUUUUUCUGUGACCUGCCACCUCUGCUAGACUUGUCUUGUUCUAGUACCUUCCUCAGCCAGGUAGUGAACUUUCUUGUUGUGUGUGCAGUUGGUGGGACAUCAGCUCUUGUUGUCCUGGUGUCCUAUUGCUACAUCAUUGCUGCUGUCAUGAAGAUCCAUUCAACCCAAGGGCGGAUGAAGGCUUUCAACACCUGUGCCUCUCAUCUGACCACAGUGAUUCUCUUCUAUGGCUCUGGUCUCUUCUCAUAUCUCCAUUCUAGUGCUGGCUACUCACAGGACCAAGAGAAGGUGGUGUCCAUGCUCUAUGGAGCUGUGAUUCCCAUGCUGAAUCCCAUCAUAUACAGUUUGCGAAACAAGGAGAUCAAAGAUGCAUUGAAAAAACUCAAGAACCAGAAGAAGCAGAUGUUCCCUCUGUGUCUUAUGGUUCUCUAAGUUAAAAAAAUCUU